CUAACUUUCAGUCAACCUAACAACAGGCUGAGAGCUGCAGCUGAGGCGGGUUUUAAGCCUCUUGAUGAACGGUUACAUCGCUCCCACGCGUCAAUCAUGUCAGCUAUGCGCCUUACGUCUCCAGAGGAUUUCAAACUUCCACAUUGGCCUCAUUUUUCCACUUGGUUUUUACUGAUAUUCUGAUACUGAACUCUUUGAAGGAGAUUUUGCUGAUAUAGUGUAUUUAGAUAAUGUUUGCUGCAGAGUGAGAGCUUAUGAGAGAGCUCCUCUCAGGUGUUUCUGCUGUCAGGAGUACGGCCAUGUUGCUGCAGCGUGCAGAGGAGUUUGAAGAUGAGGGAGAUGAGGAGGAAAUGUUUGUUUUGACUCGACUGCUGAUGAUGAUACCCACAUUCUCACCAAACAACUUCCCCUUCACUUCUCAAGAAAAGACUCAAAAUGAUGCGUCAACACAUCUCAGAGCACUAAAAUAACAUCUGAUCUCUGAUCUCUCAAACACGACGGACAUUCAGAGUUGUAUUCAGGAGGUCAAGAGGACACUCUGUCAGACAUUCUCAUCAUAAUAAAUUAAAAAGGACAAACAGUCUGAGUUGUCAUGUAAAAUAAAUAUUUCUUAUUAAGAUAAUGAAGGAUUUGUUUGUAAUCUUUUGAUUUUAAUGGUUAAAAUUAACAAAUUUUAAAUCUGACGGUGAAUCAGAAAACAAAUCAAAUAUUAAAGGCGGGAGUGACCGGCCUGUACUCGGCCUGUACUGACCUCUGACCUCUGACCUCUGACCUCUGACAUCUUUACUGAUCGAUGCAGCUCAUCUUAAUGAUCAUCAGUUUAUGAUCAUUUAAACAUGUUACAUCAUGUUCUAAUAACUAUGACACAUAGUUUAUCAACAGCAGCAGCUGGAGAUAAAAGAGUCACAUUCAGAGUUGGAGAGGACGCCACGUUGUCUUGUGAAAAUGUGAUACAAGGUCAACAGAAGUGUGAAUAUACGACAUGGUUCUUAGAUUUAGGAAACAACGCAGCAGUAGAGCUGGUUGUAGAAGGUCAGGUUAAAAACUCUGGAGUUAAAUCAGACAGACUGAGAGUUACAGAGGACUGUUCUCUGGUUAUAAAGAAGAUCAGAGAGGAGGAUGCUGGACGUUAUCUCUGUCUACAGGACAUACCAGGAAGAAGAACAGACGAUGUGACUCAAGUUGAUCUCUCUGUUACCAAGAGCGACGACGCAAGAGAAACAACAAGACCACCAACAACAAGACCACCAACAACAACAACAACAACAACAACAACAACAACAGGUCAACACGGCGAUUGUACAGGUUCUUCUGAUCUGGACUUGGUCAUGUUGGCUCUGCGUGUGGCUGAACUCCUCCUGAUUACUGUGAUCACUGUUCUUCUCUUCAGAGCUCGAGGGAACCAGAGAGCACCUGAUGACAUCACUGUGUAUUAUGAUGGAGAUGAAGGCUCAGUGAACUAUGAAAAUGUUGGAGAACCUUCUGCUUCUGUCAGGCUCCACUGAUCAACAACUUCCACACAAACAUCCACUCAGCAGAUACAUUAAUCCACCGCUUUCAAUCAUUUCUAUAUUGUACUUUUGAGCAUAAAAACAUGGAUCCACAUUUUAUUUGAGGUACUAAGUGAGGAUUUGAUAAAUGUGCUGAUGUGGAAUAUGAAGUUGAUAUUUGUUACGGCCUUCUUAACCAAAAUUAUUAAACCAAGGCUCAAAACUCUGAGACGGAAAACAUACAAGGACGCCACAAAGAUUUAAAGUUCAACCCUAGCUUUAUUUAUUGUAAAUACCCCACUCCCCCCAAAGUAAUCAAAGAUAGAUAAGAAACAAAAGGGGCUGGAGACCCGGAAGAAAAAAAACAAAAGAUUGGAAGAUGCUGAGCCAACCACGUAAUGUGCCGUCAUUAUGGUACCUCCCUCUAAAACUACCUAAGAAGAAAAGAUUAAACUAAAGAAACCAAAAGACCCAAAAUAGGACUAACAGUGAUCUCCAGUCAAAACUCAAAUAAUAAAACCCAACAAUGAUAACAUAUGUGGGGAAAACCAAUAAAACUGGGAAACAAAAGCUCCUCACCACAUCGCUGCCCAGAGUGUGUGCGCCCCUGACUCUCCUACCUGGCUCCUCUAAAUACCCCUCCUCUUCCUCCUC